GAGAGCUGCGAGCGCUGCUCCAGCCUCCGGAGCGCGGCCAGCCGGGACCAUGGGGCAGGUGGCUUGGAAGGCUUUAUUCCUGUCGCUUUUUGACUAUAAAACGGAGAAAUACGUCAUUGCCAAGAACAAGAAGGUGGGGAUCCUCUACCGAGUGGUGCAGCUCUCCGUGCUGGCUUACCUGGUGGGGUGGGUGUUUGUUGUCAAGAAAGGCUACCAGGACACAGACACAUCUCUCCAGAGCUCUGUCAUCACCAAGCUGAAAGGGGUGGCCUUCACCAACACCUCGGAGCUGGGGGAGAGGCUGUGGGAUGUCGCAGACUACGUCAUCCCUCCACAGGGUGAAAGCGUCUUCUUUGUCAUGACGAAUCUGAUCGUGACCCCAAACCAGAGACAAGCCACCUGUCCUGAGAGUGCCAGCAUUCCCGAUGCCCUGUGUCACAAGGACGAGGACUGCCUGGAAGGGGAAGCAGUGGUGGCUGGCAAUGGGGUUAAGACUGGCCGUUGUUUGAAAGACAGGGACAGCACCAGAGGGACUUGUGAGAUACUGGCCUGGUGCCCAGUGGAGAAAAGAUCCAAGCCCAAGAAACCACUUCUUGGCAGUGCAGAAAACUUCACUGUUUACAUCAAGAACUCGAUUCGCUUCCCCAAGUUUAAGUUCUCCAAGAUGAACGUGCUGGCAACUGACAAUGAGUCCUACCUGAAGACCUGCCGCUACAGCGCCGAGCACCCCUACUGCCCCAUCUUCGUGCUGGGGAACAUCGUCCGCUGGGCCGGGGGCGACUUCCAGGAAAUGGCCUUGGGGGGUGGUGUGAUAGGAAUUCAGAUUGAAUGGAACUGUGAUCUUGAUAAAGCCCCUUCUGAAUGUAAUCCUCACUAUUCUUUUAGCCGGCUGGAUAACAAGUCUGCAGAAACGUCCAUCUCUUCUGGGUACAACUUCAGGUUUGCCAAAUAUUACCGGGAUGCUGAGGGGGUCGACUACCGGACGCUCAUCAAAGCCUACGGAAUCCGCUUCGAUGUGAUGGUGAAUGGCAAGGCAGGGAAAUUUAACAUCAUUCCCACCGUUAUCAACAUCAGUUCGGGGCUGGCGCUCAUGGGAGCAGGAGCCUUCUUUUGUGACCUGGUGUUGCUGUAUCUGAUUAAGAAGAGUAACUUCUAUCGAGGCAAAAAGUACGAGGAAGUGAAUCCAAUUCCAGGAAGUCAUUGUCUAGUCCGACACCGAAUGGGAAUCAGAGCCCAGACCAGCUGGGUGGGCUCUAAGCACAGUGGUGGCUCUGCCAGCUGGACUUGUGCUCCAGGAAAACCACACAGGUGUGAAACCACACCAGCACUGGGAGGUGGAGAUCAGGGAUACUGUCUGUUACCAGGAUUCCCAGAGGAAAAAAAUGUCCUAUAAAGACUGCCUUUCUUCCCUGAGAUUUCCCUGGUAUCCUGAGCUUGCAACAGUGUGUCAUCACUAUGGAUUUAUAAAAGGAUUUUAUAAAAGGACAAGGAAGGCACCAAAUGAAUGUUUUUAUAUCCACUGAUAGAUAUAUCUGUACCUACACCAAUAGCCAGUGUUGUCCUGUGGCUGUGCUUUGAUUCCAUCUGUGGAAGAGCCAUGAUGGGAACCACCAGUGGCACUUUGAGAAGGGCUGAGGCUGAGAUCCAACCUGUCUCCUGCUCCGCUGCCUUCCAGCUCCUGCCUGUGUGACGUGCGUGGUCAGGCGUGAAGCAGCAGGACUGCUCAGGUGCAGGGAAAUGUGGAAUUUGAACAGCUCUCAGAGCUGGGGAAGGGGCUGUUGUCCUGCAGGGGCUGUGGCAGGGUGGGACAGUCACUCCCAUGGGGGUGUUGUAACCAUUAGGGCUGAAAACGGUGCUUCUCCAGGAAAAGCCUUCCCAAGGUGCUCCGCUCGUCUCAGGAACAGCAGGAGCAGGUCCUGCCCAGCUCUGCACGGACAACCAUGGCUGGGGCCCAGCUGCCUCACCUGCUGCCCCAUCCCUGCUCCCAGCUGGCUCAGAGAACCAACAUUUCAGAGCCCAGGGCAGGGAAGAGCAGCAAGGCAGGGACAGGCAGUUUUGGGGUUCACAGUGAGAGAAACGGGGGUUAAUGCGCUGAAAAGCAACACGGCCCUGGGAGCACCUGCACAGGGGUGGGUUUAAGUUCUGCCUCCUUUGUUCAGUGCCUGGUUUCAUUUGCUCUGUAUUGUCCUUCCUGCAUCACUUACCAAUUGCUCGUGGUGGGCAGGUCUGGAUGGGACACUUAAAGCUUCUGUGUUUCUCAUAGUACCCUGAACUGCACUGCAGAUGGAAAAGGGGAGCUUUGCCAGGCUACCCCAAAUCCACCAACAGCAGGGAGAUUUAAAGACAUCUGUGCUACUUCAGUGCUCUGGUAACUUCCAGGAAAUACAAGUGCUUCUUUGUUUCUCAGCAGAGAAAUCAGUCUCACUGCAGCCCAUUUUGUCAGUUUAUGCUCGCAUGGAGAUGUAACUAAUUUCUGAAAAGGGCUUAUGGAACAUCAUUGUUUAAACUUUGCAUUUUGUUGAGCUGACAGGAACUGACUCACCAGCUCCUGAAGACAGCAGUGAAUCAAUAUUUCUGCCUCAUUUAGAGCUUGCACAGCAUGGCUGAGCAGAGUUCUGGAAGUGCUGACAGUCACCACUUACUGGGAGUCCUUGUGAUAAUUGAUUGAAUGUUUCUGUGCACUCUCUGAAUACCAAGAUUUAAGGGCUCCUGCUGCAGUGUCCUUACACAUUUCUGGACAGAGGGAAGGUGGCCUUCAGGGAGCUGCUGCCAUUGAGUGUCUGCACAAAUGGCACCAGCAGCUGCACCCACCUCUGCUUUCACUUCUUUGAAGCAGUUGUUCUGAGGUACAGGUUGAUUCUAAAUUAAAAUUCACAUGUUAGCAGUGUCAAACUCUGAAUCCAGUCAUUGAUAGUAACCCCACCCAGCCUAGUUCACUCCCUCUGCUUCUGUGUAUUGAGCCAAAAAUGUAGCUAGAAAAUAGAACUAAGCAGGUAAGGACUAAGGAGGUAAUUUAGGAUAAGCUGUGUACCUCUGACUUCAUCCAAAACCUCCUCUCUUCGUGCCAGAAGCCUCUUCUCUAGGCAAACACCACUCACCAUGUGUGUAACUGCACUACUCAGGCCUUUUAGUGUUACCAAUACAGCAGCCCAGGCUUUUGACUGUCAGGGGUUAACUCUAGUUGAGUAAUUUUCAGAUGGUGAAAUACAUGGUGAACCCCACAUGUGGCAUCAAGCCCAGGUACAACCCAUGGAGACCAAGUUGCUCAUCACAACAUGCAGAGCUGACUGUGCUCUGCUGAAACCACUGUUUUAACUUGACAAAACAACCUCCUCUUGUCAGAGGACCAAAGCUAUUUCCUGAAUUUAAGUCCUCGGGCCUCCAAAAUUCCCCAGAACGUUUCCCUUCUUUCUACUGUUUAACACAAUUCCCACAACCCUUGCUGUUAAUAAAACAUAACCAGAUUC